ACGGGACAGCGCUCAGCCGGGCCGGGGAUCAAUAUUAUGUUGGAGUUUAUACGUCCGGGGCAGGAUAGGGAGGGGGAGACGAGAGAGAAGGAGGUGGUGGAGGGUGGAGGAGGUGGAGGAGGGCAAGUCGACGCAGGGGCAGCUCUGAGCGGUGGUGGUGGUGGUGGUGGUGCCGUGGUGGUGGAGUGUCAGCCUGGCUCGCCUCAGUGACGGUCGUGGCGGUGCGGGGGCGGCUGCAGCUUCGACGAGUGACUGUCACACUUCUCCUCCUCCUCCUCCUCCUUCCUUCUCCUUCCUCCUCUCUCUCUCUCCCUCCUCCGCCGGUCAGAGUGGUGCCCCAGGUCAAUUCAGGGCCUGGGUUUGCGGCGGGGCGCGGGGCGGGGCGGGGCGGGGACGGGGCAUCGGUACCCAGCACGCGAGUCCCCAGUGCAUGUGUUUGUGUGUGCCAGGUGGCCCUCGAGCGGCGCCGAGCAACAGGGCGGCGAGUGUGUGGUGCCGGAGUGGCCCUCGGUGCCUCAGCGGGCCACAGCGCGGCACACUGACCCACGACGCCGACAGCUGAUUCAAGGGACCGCCGCCCCCCUUCCCCCUCACCCCGGCAGCCCCCCCACCCCCGGCAGUGAGGGCGGGGAGGCGUGGGUGUCGCGGGGGAGUGCCAAGGGAGGGAGCGGCGCCCCUCCCGGGAGAGGAUCACAGGUGGAUGACACGUGGCCCUCUCCCGCCCUCUCCCGCCCACGCACGCACGCACGCACACACGCAGGCAGCAUCUCCACGUGAUGGCGCAGAAGCGAAGGCGGCGGCGUGUCGGGAAGUGAUGAUGAAAAACAACACCAGAUCAUCUCUCAGCUUGUUGUGCACCCUCCCCCACCCUCCCCCGCUCUCCCUGACGCUGUAAGGGCGUUAUAUUGACUGUGGGCGGCGUGGGCGUGGGCGGAGCGGCACCAUGAGUCGGCGGCGGCACAGAACUCUCAGCUUCUCGAUGCCUCACACGCAGAUUGAACGCCAGAUCGACACCUUCCUGGAGACGUUUAAAAGGCGCAGUGCCGCGGCCAUGGAGCGUGCACAGAGCCUCCAGGGGGGUGCAGGGGGGCUCCUCUCCCCUUACAUAUACGACACACCCACCCCGGACGGCUCCCCGGUCCCCAGAAUGCCCCGGUCGCCCCGUCUCGGCCCCAAAGUCAAGUUUCACAUCCCGGGCAAACGAUCUCGCUGGGCCAUGGGCUGCGGCCGGCCUGGCAUGGGUAUGGGCGUCCCUCGCAGUCGCUCCGGCGUGAGCAUGGCGUCCUCCGAGACAGACUCAGGCAGUGACUCCAUGGAGGGCGUGACGCGCUCCCUCCCUCACUCGCUGCACACCUGGGCCUCCACCGACAGCAUUCCAGGUAAGUCUCCCAUGUUUUUCCUUCUUGGCCUCGUUUUCGUUCGUGCACCGCCCUGGUGGUCGGGGCCGGUGCUGCUGGUGAGUGGCCGGGCCAGGCACAUCGCCUCUGCAGUCCCUGCCGCCCCUGCCGCCCCCCUCCUCAGCCUGGCCGGCGUGUUGGCGCGCGAGGUGACCCGGGCACCGCUGGCGGGGGCGGCGGCCGGCGGUGCGUGA